UCAAGGACUCGCUCUCACUCCGCCGGCAGCCCUUUUGGCCUCGUCCUCCCUGCCUGCCCGCCCCGUCUGCCUUUCCAUCCUCCGCCUGCCGGCUCGCAGCCUCCCGCAGCAUCAUGACCGACGCGGCCAUCUCCUUCCUCAAGGACUUCUUGGCGGGCGGCGUGGCGGCCGCGAUCUCCAAGACCGCCGUGGCCCCCAUCGAGAGGGUCAAGCUCCUGCUCCAGGUCCAACAUGCCAGCAUGCAGAUCACGGCCGAGAAGCAGUACAAGGGCAUCAUCGAUUGCGUGGUGCGAAUCCCCAAAGAGCAAGGGUUCCUCUCCUUCUGGCGGGGCAACCUCGCCAACGUCAUCCGCUACUUCCCCACGCAAGCCCUAAACUUUGCCUUCAAAGACAAGUACAAGCUCUUCUUAGGCGGCGUUGACAAAAGAACCCAGUUCUGGCGUUACUUUGCGGGCAACUUGGCGUCGGGGGGCGCUGCCGGAGCCACGUCUCUCUGCUUUGUCUACCCUCUCGAUUUCGCCCGAACCCGUCUGGCGGCAGAUGUGGGCAAAGCCGGGGCUGGAAGAGAGUUCAGCGGUCUUGGUGACUGCCUGGUGAAGAUCUUCAAGUCCGACGGCCUUCGGGGCCUUUACCAAGGCUUCAACGUCUCUGUCCAAGGGAUCAUCAUCUACAGAGCAGCGUAUUUUGGCGUUUAUGACACCGCCAAAGGAAUGCUUCCCGACCCAAAGAACACUCACAUCUUAAUCAGCUGGAUGAUCGCACAGACGGUAACGGCGGUGGCAGGCCUGACCUCAUAUCCCUUCGACACCGUCCGGCGGAGAAUGAUGAUGCAAUCCGGUCGGAAAGGAGCUGACAUCAUGUACUCCGAAACCAUCGAUUGCUGGCGGAAGAUUGCUCGGGACGAAGGCGGCAAAGCGUUUUUCAAGGGCGCGUGGUCCAACGUCCUCAGAGGAAUGGGAGGUGCUUUCGUCUUAGUCUUGUACGACGAAAUCAAGAAAUACACAUAAGCUGAAACAUCCGCCCACUCCUUAGACGACCCUUCCCGCGUAACGUUCCAUGGACUUGCAUCAAAACUAUUUAUCGUUUCCCGUCCCCCCCCCCCCCGUCCCCCGGGUGGGUAUCUCGUAGUUGACGGAGAGGCCAUGAUUCUGCUUGCCUGAUCCCCGUUCUCAAGUCAUUCCUUUGACAAAGGGACUCAAACUUUAUUUUUAUUCAGUCACUCCUGUUAAAAUUAAGUUUGAGAAAUAAAGUGGAAACCAAAAAAAAAUGGUAUCAA